AGCGCUAUAUGUUAUAUAUUAUACAAGACUAUAUAGAUGAAUUUUAACGAAUUUUUAACGGUCAGUAAAUAGUUCAACAAAAACUAGCAGCAAUAAGUAACUGAAAUUUACUCUUUACGACAUGGAAUAAAAUUAGAAUGUAUUACGAACGCCACCGACAACACGAUUGAUAGACCUAAAACCAUAUUUAAGGACAUGAAUGCUAUGGAAACACUGUUUGUUGGUCCGUCAAACUGUUCAUUAAAAAUACGUGAAUUUGUCAUGAAAAAUAUUCAGGAACAAUAUAACUAUUAUGUUCAUGACCUUGGAGAUCCCCGUGUUAAAAACUGGUAUAUGCUUGCUACACCGAUACCAACUGUGAUUAUUAUAAUAAUUUAUUUGUUUCUGAUUUAUAAAUUUUUACCACAGUUAAUGAGACAAAGAAAGCAGUACAAACUGACUACUUUGGUACGCUUUUAUAACUUAUUUCAAAUAAUUUCUUGUACAUUAUUGGUAUAUCAGCUGGCUACACCAUUGUCAAAUCCCUCGUAUGUAUGGAAAUGUGAAAGGUUUGAAUAUUCUAGAAAUCCACUAGCACUGAAAAGAGUCUCACUGAGUUAUUACUUUUACUUAAUAAAAGUUGCUGAAAUGGUCGAAACAGUGUUCUUCAUGUUGAGAAAAAAAAACAAUCAGGUGUCUAGUUUGCAUGUGUAUCACCAUGUGACAACAUUAAUAACUGCGUGGAUUUCUGGCAAAUAUUUUUCAGGAGGUAUGGUGGCCUUUUGUAUGAUAUUGAAUUCAUUUGUUCAUAUUUUGAUGUAUAGUUAUUACUUUCUAUCAUCGUUGGGACUUCACUGGCAGAAAUAUAUCGCAAAAUGGAAACCAGCAAUUACCAUGUUGCAAAUGAUUCAAUUAAUCACACUGGUUGUCCAUGCAUCGCAAGUGCUCUACUUUGAUGAUUGUAACUUACCACGCAUAUUCUUUUAUUUUUAUGCUUUGAAUGUUACUAUUAUCUUUUUUAUGUUUAAAAACUUCUUUAAAGAAAAUUAUUUCCAAAACACCCUGAAAAAGGUUUCGUGAUAAAAAGGUUUGUUGGGCUAUGUCAAGUGAGAUCGCUAUAUUAUAUAGGCUCAUGUAUACAAGU